AGUCAGUCAAUUGAAAACAUUCGCGUUUGAUGGUUCGUUUUGUUGACCGUGUGUUGUAAUCGUCGCUUUUUUUUGGCUCAGCUUAUGAAAAUUGAUUUUUGCUUCAAGCAGUAAAAAAUUACAAAAUAAUUGCUUCGUCUGCCGUUGUGUUGUGGGGCCGUCGUGAAAUCGGUACAAUUUUCUCGGUGAAUGCAAUUUUCGGGCUGCAGCUUUUAGUGGAUUUCCUACUUUUUAUGCGGAAAACGAUCGAGUUUCGGUUGACUGUUUGCUCGUCGCAGUGAAUGGUGGACGCAGGAAAAGAAAAUGGUAACAUGCGAAAAUCGAUUGCUGUGAUCCGUGUACUGAGCAGCGUUUAAUCAUUUUGUUUGGGUAAUUUCGCGUGCGGGUGGAACAGUACCAGUGGUUAUCCGUCCUCGCUUGCGACUACUGUAUUUUUUAAGAAACGCGAAAAAAAUUCAACUUAAUUUACCGGGUGUUGGUCAGGCCAACCGCUAAGGAGAAAAUCGCGAGAGUACUUUCAGCUGAUUGCUGUUGCAUUGAGGUCGCCUUCAACUGAUUGCUGCAGCAGUAACCAUUCGUUGAUUCCCUCACAUAAAUUCAAUUUCGUUUAUCUACCUGGUUGGGAAGUUUCGUUCGCGAAAUUGCCAUUGUGCAAAAUGGUUACCGAAAUGAAAAUGAUUGAUAAUGCCGUGUAGUUGAGAUAAAGAACGAAAUCCGUUUUAUGGCCUCCCUUUUGGCUUAGUGAUGUGUUGUGUGUAUGAAAAUAAAAGUAUUCAGUGAUGUUUUGUCUGUUUUGCAUCGAAUGGUUAUGAAUGGAUUACGCCCAUGCUCAUCUCAAGUUAAAAUAAUUUGAUUGUGGUGACAUCAGUUAAUACAUUCUUCCGCAUUAUCAUUAAAUCUGGGACGUAAACAACAUUGAUAUAAUAUAUACAACAGGAUCCGACACUUUCCGGGCUAGGAUAUUCAAAUCGUUUGCUUCGCAUCGUUGCCAGUUCACUUUUGUCGGGGAAAGUACGCCGAAAGAAUAAAUAUUUGACCUAAACCAACAGCCAUACAGAAUAGGCACGAAGGAAACACCUUCAAAAGUGGCAAGAUGGCAGACGACGAUAAAGAAUCCUCUGUACGGGUUGCUGUCAGAAUUCGUCCACAGAUACCACGCGAGCUGAUAGAUAUGUGCCGGGUGUGCACACAAGUCACGCCCGGUGAGCCUCAAGUAUAUCUCGGCUCAGAUAAGGCUUUUACCUUCGACUAUGUUUUUGAUGUGGCCGCGACACAGGUUUCCGUGUACGCUAGCUGUGUCGAAAAACUGGUAGAAGGAGCGCUGAAAGGUUACAAUGCAACGGUGCUAGCUUACGGACAGACGGGUUCGGGCAAAACCUACACAAUGGGAACCGGCUUCGAGCGGGACAUUCCGGAACUGCAGGAAGGAAUUAUCCCACGUGCAGUUCGACAUCUCUUCGAGGGAAUAGUUCAGCUACAGGAAAACCCGUACGAUGAUGACGGGGUCUAUCUGGGAUCCUUACAAUUCAGCGUGGCGGCACAGUUUAUGGAACUAUACAACGAAGAAAUUAUCGAUCUACUGGAUCCCUACAGUAAAGGUCGCAUUUUCAAAAUCCACGAGGACGCCAGCGGUGGUAUCAGCGUCGCGGGGGCAACAAUUCAACCCCUCAGUGGUCCCCAAGAUGCCUUACGUUGCCUGAUGCAGGGUGCACUGGCGCGCACAACAGCUUCCACUCAGAUGAACGAACAGUCCUCACGGAGUCACGCUCUGUUUACAAUUCUUAUCCGACGACAGCGGGUGAUGAGUGCCGAAGAAAGCGGCAAUCCGGAGGGUGAUCUGGAGACGCUCACUUCCAAGUUUCACUUUGUCGAUUUGGCCGGCUCGGAGCGGCUAAAACGAACCGGUGCAACGGGUGAACGAGCUCGCGAGGGAAUCUCAAUCAAUUGUGGCCUGCUGGCACUUGGCAACGUAAUCUCGGCGCUAGGUGAUAAAACGAAGAAAGUUUCACAUGUACCCUACCGAGACUCGAAACUGACACGGUUGCUGCAGGAUUCACUGGGUGGAAACAGCCAAACGAUCAUGAUCGCCUGUGUGUCUCCGAGCGAUCGCGACUUCAUGGAAACGCUUAACACGCUCAAGUACGCUAACCGAGCGCGCAACAUCAAAAACAAAGUACAAAUCAAUCAAGACCAGAGCUCGCGAACGAUCUCACAGCUGAGGCGUGAAAUUGCCGCCUUACAGUUGGAGCUGCUCGAGUACAAGCAGGGUAAACGAAGCGUUGACGCCGAAGGUAAUGCCGCCGUCUCGGAUACGUUCCUGGAGAAUGCAAUGCUGCUGCAGGACAACAAACGCCUACAGCAGCGGCUUAAGGCAAUGCAGGAAACGAUCAAUGCUCUAACGGACAAGAACGCCACGCUGCAGGCGCAACAAGCAUUGUUCGGGUGGUCGUCCGGCAGUAGUGGUAGUGGGGAUAGUGGAGAUUCCGCCAUGCAACAACUGGUUGCUGGAUAUAUCAGUGAAAUCGAGAAAUUGAAGGCAAAAUUAAUUGAAUCGGAGCAAAUGUUCCAGCAGAUGAAGAAAGUACAGAUUAGUCCCUCGAAACUGGGAUUGAAAAGCAACUAUUCGUUCAUCGAGGACACCACGGAAACGGUUAUUAAUCGGGCAAAGCGUGAGCUGGAGAAAGAAAGGGAGCUUUUGAUGUCCCGAUCGUUACCUGGGCUGGAGAACGACAGUAGUAACCAGAGUUUGGUUGAUGGGUCCGAUAGUGAUUCCGAUACAGAAUCGGAUGACAAAACUGGGGAGCUUCAGGCGGAAAUAAACGACAUUAGCUCGGAUAUUGAAAUCAAGUCGAAAUUGAUUGAACAAUUGGAAUUGUCACAGCAAAGAAUGCAGGUUAUGCGGCAGCAGUACGAGGAAAAGCUUAAUGUUUUAAACGCAAAGAUUAUUAACACGCAAAAAGAACGUGAUCAGGUACUAGCUAAUAUGAGUGGAUCCGGAGCAACGGGAGGAAGCGUGCAGCCUGAUAGAAUUAGAAAGGUCAAAGAGGAGUACGAGAGAAAAUUAUCGGAAAUGCAAAAAGAGUUGAAAAAAUUACAAAUGGCACAAAGAGAGCAUUUGCGGCAGCAACGAGAGCUACAAGCACAGGAUGCUCAGCUCAAAACACUUCGGGGUGAAUUGGGUGAACUUAAGCAGAUAAAAAUUCGGUUGAUGAAGAAAAUUCAAGAGGAGAAUAACAGGCACAAAGAGUUGGAAAGCAGAAAGACAAGGGAAAUAGCUCAGCUUAGAAAAGAAAGUCGGAAGCAGGUGAAUAUGAUCAAAUCCCUGCAGGCUCAGGGAGUGGCAAAAGAUCAGGUUCUAAAGCGAAAGACGGAAGAAGUAUCCAACCUACGAAAGACACAACGUGGAAUGAUGAGUAUGAAAGCGGCUGGACGUUUUCCACCGAAAAAAUCUACGAUCGCUCAAAACACGAAGAACCUCAAAACAAAAUGGGAUUCGUUGCAGCGAACUAUUACACGGGCCGCAAGAAGCAGACAGGCUGUGUUGGAAUUGGAACGGGAACUUGAGCGACUCUUACAAGAGCGUGAUGGAUUGAGUCGUGAUUUAGCAAAUGUUCGCUCAAGGAAAGGUUUAGGGGAUGUUGCGGAACUGAUAUCAGAAGAAGACACUAUUAUGGCUAACAUGAACUACAUUCAAGAGAACAUUACCCAAAUUCAACAUUCCAUCAUGGAACUGGAAGAGGGCAGAGACACCGCUACGGAGCAUAUACAGCUUCAGAACAUUUUGGAAAAUAUUCGGUCGAUGGAGGAGUCCAGGUUCAUCUUAGAAAAACUUUGUGGUGCAUCAAUUGCUCAGGUUUGCGAAGCGGCUCUAACACAAACUCGACUGAAGGAACGGGAAGCGCUACUGAACGAAGUGCAGCAGGAUAGUAGCAUCCAACAGCAGUUGCUGCAGCACAUUUUGGCCAGAACUCCGGCAGCGACCCUCUCGGAAACUAGUUUCAGCUCCGGCCAUUCUACCAAUUCCAAUAUGAUGAACACUAUGCUGCAAGCGGCGGCGAUUUCCAAUGGGCUUGCGCAAGCGUACGAAGAUCGGCCGGAAACGGCCGAUAACAAUGCCUAUGUAAUCAACUCUAUCACGAGGAGUCCAUCACCUAGCAGCAGCACGGAGUUCGAUAACGAUAACAUUGUCACCUACAGAAACUCCUCAAAACUAAGACGAAGGCCCGCUGCCGGUCAAGACUCGCUGCCGCAUGGUUGCACUUCCGGACCCAGGGAUAUGUCUGGUUACCCAACCGCCGGCAGCAAGCUUGAGAAAGUGGGUAUUUGUAUUUAUCUAGAGGAUUCGGCAGAUGACGAUGACACGAUGAUACAUUCUCCGCAGGACGAGAAUGGGGGAUUUAUCGGUGGCGGUAUGACUCGCUCGUACACAACCGCUGGUGAACCAUCGCAGAUCCCGGUGGCUGUCAACAACAGCAGCAGCAGCAACUAUAACAACAACAACAACAGCAGCAGUCCGGUUGCUGGCACAACCGUGGCCGGUCGAACCUUUGUUCCACUGUCAAAAACUCCCAGUGCGCCAGGGUCCUUGAAAGGGCUUCAACCAGUACCGACCAUAUCCCGCCAGAACAGUACUGCUUCGCCUCUGCUGGCGCGGAAAUCGUUUGACCCGAGCGGGGCACCAUCAUCGCCACGAAUCUCGAGAAGAGCAUUCCCGAAUAAGGCUUCACCUGGCAUUGAGGAUGCUAACGACAUACCCACCUCGCCUCCGGCGUACCGCCGGGGCACGUCCCGAGAGGAUACCGGAGAUGUAUUUUCACGACUUGGAGCAGGAACGCAAGAUCCAUCGCCUGGUGGCAACAUCAAGGAGUAUAUGGGAAAGUUGAAGGCUGGCGCUCCCCUAAUCUGCACACAUGUGGUUGAAGGUCAUAGUAAUUCGGUACUGUCCAUCAAGGUGUCCAAUCAAACACUGUUCACCGCUGCGGCAGAUCGAACGGUAAAAGUGUGGGAUCUGCGCAGUGGUUCGACACCGCACUGCCUUACGGGUCAUCUCGGUCCAGUUGCCUCCGUUGAAUGCGACCAGACCAAUAAUUUGCUCUUCUCCGCUUCGGGAGCCUUCAUUAAAGUGUGGGAUCUCCGGGAGAGUAAUAUCCGACCAAUUAUCACGUUAUGUUCCUCUGGCUCAAUCCUACCGGCGAACGCAUCUCUUUCCGACCUGAUUCCAGGGGAAUGUUCGAUUACGGCUCUCAAACUAGGCGCAUCCGGGAAGCUGUACACCGCCGCUUCGGACAAGGUUCGAAUUUGGGAUCUUCGGACCUUUUCCUGUCUCGGACGACUCUCGGGUGGUCAUCAGGCGGCCGUUAUGUGUCUUACUGCCUGGGAGGGUCCUAACAAUACUGACCUGGUGGCGACCGGUUCCAAAGAUCACUACGUCAAAGUAUUCGAGGUUAAUUCCGCGGGCGGGAAUGUACCACCACUACUCAAUCUGGAACCUCCCCAUUAUGACGGAGUGCAAGCGCUGGCGGUGGCAAAAGAUGCUACCGGAGUCGAUGCCGAGCUGUUUUCCGGUAGUAGAGAUUCCGGUAUCAAAAGGUGGGAUUUGCGCACCGGUGAACUUAAACAAUCGCUCAACAACGCUCACAAGGGCUGGGUGUCGGGGAUGGCCAUCUACGGUGACAUUCUGCUGUCUAGCUGCCGUGGUGGCGUUAUUCGCUUAUGGAAUGUUAAAAAUUGCGAUGGUUUAGCGGAGAUGAAAACGGAUCAGUCAAUUAAUGACAUUGUCACCAGUGACAAUCGAGUGUUCACCGCAUCCAAUACCGGUACUGUUCGGAUUUGGCGGUUAGCUUCCUCCGAUUUGGAGUCAUUGGGUGCUGGUUCUAGCGGUAGUUUAACGGGAGGUAGCAGGCAAAAGCGAUAAACUAUUCAGUGCUACCUAGUUAACACAUGUGAUCUGUUAUCUGGUAGAUAGAAUACCACAGAGCAAUAGAAUAUCUCUACUUUUAAAAACGUUUAUCGUUCCCCGUGGCUUUGUUCUAACGACAGAUGUUGUGGGCCAAAUUUACGAUAUGGAUGAUGUUCUUGGUUUGGGUACUAGAGCUCAUUGUGUUCUUUUUCUGUCCGCUGAAUCAAGCCGGCUGUCAGGGUCGUCAUUUUCAAACUAGUUGCAGCACAUCAUCUGAGUGCUGUUGGGAAACUCGGUGAUAGGGUUUCCGAUGGUAAGGUACGCCUGUGGCGUGUCUCGUCGGCCAUCCGGCGGUUGAGUGCCGAGAACAGAUGACGCCAGAGUACGGAAGCGAUGCUGGAUCGAAUGUACUACAACUACAGCAGCAUGCGGAACAUUCAUUCGGCAUCGGCUUCCGGGUGCGGACCGGGUCCGGCCACAAUGGAACAAAUCUCCACUCCAGAGAGCAGACGGAGACCCCUAUCCACAUCACAGUCCGCUGGAACUGCAGGGUCGAAUCUAUCGUCCCAAUCGUUUACCUCACCAUCGCCUACCGCAUCAUCCGCUUCGAUACGCAACAGUAGACUGUAUCGGAGCCUAAAUCACAACUACCUUGGUAUACUGAGCAAGGUUAACAGCAGGAGGUAGUGAAAACGCGCAAAUUAACUAGAUCAGAUGCCUUGUAUUUAUGUUUCUAGCAUGACUCGAAUGUGGUCGCACCCCUGCAACUUUGCGCCAAUCAGAUAGACUUAUUAGCUGUAGGAGAUUCAGGUUUUUAGGAAGUUUUUCGUCAGUCGACUUGAAUUGGGCGGCGAGUGCUAAUGACUUAUCAUUAGCGAAAAUCGAACAAAAAUAGCUUUAAACGACUCGAUUAUCUCCCCUGUACCAGGCACUACGUGGUAUUUUUGCGCAUAUUUGCCUCGCAGGGAGACUAAUCUUGCCUUCAAACUAAAACUGUGUAGUAAGCAGAGAAACAGUAUCCCAUACGAACAAACCUCUCCACUAGGAUUAGAAAACUAGGAACAAAUUGAAAACAAGAUCAAAUCUUCCAAGUACUAUGACAAAAGACAGCUUUUUCAGUAUUUUAUUUGCCCACCUACUCCUAGCUUCAGUAUGACAAUUUUUUACGUUUCCUCUACAGUUCUUCAGUCGUUUGAAAUAAUCAGUGAAAAUGAAUUACAAAAACUGGCCCAAAUUCGAUUGGUUGUGAUGUAGUUUUAAGAAAAAAAUGUAGUUAGUUACUUUUUUGUUUUAAUUGUGCAGUUAUAUUUUUUGCAUUGUUUAAUUAAGCACCCUUUUUCGUUUUAUUUGAUUAUAAUUUUGGUAAAGCUACUGCCAAUCAAAGACAAUGUGUGUUUGUUUAUUGACCAUGUUAAGUAUCUAACAGUGGAUUACUUACAGCAAGUAUUCAACUAAAUCUCAAUGUAUUAGGUUUAUGUUCAUGAUGACUAACUUUUCGUUCUACUUACAACUAACUAGGCGUAUGGCAGAAAAAAAACAAUUUAAACAUUACGUUAGGAUCAAAAAAUAAAAUUGUGAAUUCGUUACGGGGCAGGUUGACAUAACAACAGCCGUUUCCAAAUACGGAAAUGUAUACAUACUACAGCGAGGAUGAUAGCUGAUAUCAAGUAUUAACUACCAGUUGGAAUAAAUAAAUAGUUUAGCGUUUAUCACACAAAUACGGUAUUCGCUCAAUACUGUAUAAAA